CAAAGUAGCAACCUACUAGCAUUGCCAGGCUCAAUAAAUUUGAAAGAAGUGAACCACUCCGCAGUCCGCAGUCCGCAGUCCGCAGCCUUAGCCUUAUUUGGCGAGCUGAAAACCUGCUUCGAAGACUCCAACAUUCGGGAAAUCCAUGCAAAUCACAUAAACGUACGUACAGCAAAAGAGUUCAGAGGAAGAUCGUGAGUCGUGACAGUGUUUCUGGGUUUUGCACAUUUUGCUGUAAGUUAAAGGUUUCAGGUUUGGGAACAACAACAAUGGCGGCGGCGGGGACGUCGAGGUGGAUGGAGCUCCAUAUGGCGAAGAAAUGGAGAGAUAAAGACAUCAGCCCGGAGCGAACCAAAGUCUGGACCCAACCGCCGGAGCGCAGAGUCGCCGUCGUCUACUACCUCUCUUUAAACGGAAAACUUCAACAUCCUCAUUUCAUGGAACUCCGUCUUUCAUCCCCUCGAGGUCUCUUUCUCAGAGAUGUGCUUGACCGCUUGAAUUCCCUCCGAGGAGAAGGCAUGGCUUCUCUGUAUUCUUGGUCUGCGAAAAGGAAGUAUAAGAACGGUUUUGUAUGGCAAGAUUUGGAGGAGAAUGAUUUUAUAUACCCAGCACAUGGCCAUGAGUAUAUUCUCAAGGGAUCAGAGCUCAUCAUCACCCAUUCAUCAUCUCAAGAAACGCCGGCAUUGACAGCCGCCGGUGAAGAUCGCGAGUUUCCGCCGCUGCCGCCGCCGAGGCAUAACGUGCACGCCGUUGAAGAGGAUAAGGAAUCGGGUCGGAGUGGGAGUUCAGAGCCGAGCAACGGCGAGAUUUCAACGCCGCCGGCCGGUUCUAGCCCGGAGACACUAGCGGCGUUGAUGAAGGCCGACCGGAGGAGGGUCAUCUUAAUGAACGAAGCUCGAAAGGCAGCUGCAUAUUAUGAUCCCUCUGCUGCAAGGCCCAGAACCGCAUCGGUUGUGAUGCAAAUCCUGUCGUGUGGCUCGGUGGCAGCCCGGGAACACGCGCCGCCGUGCAAGGCAAAGACCCAUGCAUUUUCUCUCAUCUCUCAUCACAAGAUGGCAACGUUGCUGCCAUGCGGAACACGCCGGAAUAAUCCACCAGACGUUGCAGAGAAUGCUGUCAUGGAGCUUCCAUUGAUUACUAGUGUUUACACGAGUCUGUAAUUUCUAAACACCUAUCAUCCUGGGGUACAUAUGAGUCAUAUU